AUGUUCAAAAAAAGUUUCGUAGCGCUUGCUAAAAGCAGCUCCAAGGCGCUUCCGGCGGUGAAACUUGGCUACAAAAAUAUGCUUAAGGAUCCAUCGUCCAAAUACAAGCCUUUUCCAGCGGUGAAUCUACCUAACAGAAAAUGGCCAGAUCAGAGAAUCACAAAAGCUCCCCGUUGGCUAUCAACAGAUCUCAGGGACGGAAACCAGGCUCUCCCGGACCCCAUGUCUGUUGAGGAGAAAAAGGAGUAUUUUCACAAACUGGUGGAAAUCGGUUUUAAGGAAAUCGAAGUUUCCUUCCCAUCGGCUUCCCAAACGGAUUUCGAUUUUACCCGCUACGCGGUCGAAAACGCCCCAGAAGAUGUCAGCAUCCAAUGUCUAGUACAGUCGCGCGAACAUCUCAUCAAAAGAACCGUUGAGUCACUCUCGGGUGCCUCUAAGGCCACCGUCCACGUGUAUCUAGCCACCAGUGACAUGUUCCGCGAUAUCGUCUUCAACAUGUCUCAGGAGGAGGCCAUCGUCAAAGCCGUGGAAGCCACCAAACUGGUUCGCAGUCUCACCAAGGACGAUCCUACACAACAGGCCACCCAGUGGACUUAUCAGUUUUCCCCAGAAACUUUCAGUGACACUGACCCAGCAUUCGCAGUCGAAAUCUGCGAGGCUGUGAAAGCUGCAUGGGAACCCACCGUUGAAAACCCAAUUAUUUUCAAUCUUCCCGCUACCGUGGAAAUGGCUACCCCCAACAACUACGCUGAUCAGAUCGAAUAUUUCUCAACCCACAUCUCGGAACGUGAAAAAGUCUGUAUUUCCACUCAUGCACACAACGACCGUGGCUGCGGUGUUGCCGCUUCAGAGCUAGGUGUAAUGGCAGGUGCCGACCGUGUCGAAGGCUGUCUAUUUGGUAACGGUGAACGUACUGGUAAUGUUGACUUAGUUACCGUUGCAUUGAACUUGUACACUCAAGGUGUUAACCCAGAGUUGGACUUUUCAGACUUGAACUCGGUUGUCGAAGUUGUGGAACGUUGCAACAAGAUCCCCGUCUCCCAAAGAGCACCAUACGGUGGUGACUUAGUUGUCUGCGCCUUCUCCGGUUCUCAUCAGGAUGCCAUCAAAAAGGGUUUCGCUCUUCAAGAGAAGAGACGUGCCAACGGUGACGAAGAGUGGAAGAUUCCAUAUCUACCUUUGGAUCCAAAGGAUAUUGGUAGAGAUUACGAGGCCGUCAUCAGAGUCAAUUCUCAGUCUGGUAAGGGUGGUGCUGCUUGGGUUGUCCUCAGAUCUCUCGGACUUGACCUCCCAAGAAACAUGCAGAUUGAAUUUUCGACCAUUGUUCAAAGUAAAGCCGAUUCUCUUGGUAGAGAACUCAAAGCUCAAGAAAUCACAGAUCUUUUCAAGGACACUUACAACUACAGCGGUACGAUCGGAAAUGUCACUCUUGUGGAUUACGAAGUCACGAAGCUUGAUAAGGAGCGCAGAGUUUUGAAUGGACAAGUAAGAAUUAACGGAAACCUUUACGACAUCAAAGGAUCCGGUAAUGGUCCAAUUUCGUCUCUCGUGGAUGCCAUGUCGAAUCUUCUCAAUCUCAGAUUUAGUGUUUCCAAUUACACGGAGCACUCUUUGGGAUCUGGCUCCUCCACUCAGGCUGCCUCGUUCAUCCAUCUCAUGUACAGACGUGAGAUCGACAACCAAAACGCCUACAGUUGGGGUGUCGGUGUCUCGGAAGACGUCGGCGACGCAUCCAUAAAGGCUAUUCUUUCCGUCAUAAACACCAUUAUCCAAUCCGGAGACGCGGCUUUACCAGAAUCUGCACCUAAGGCGGCAUCUGGCUCUGCUUAA